UGGUGAACGUGUACCCUCCCCUCCCCAUGGUUCAUUCUGCUUUCUGUCGACAGCACCUUCCCCUCCGACUUCCGAUUUUUGUCUUAGUCGCGUUCACAAAACAUUACGGAAGUAGCCGCCAGCCAAGAUGCAACAGCGGCAUUCCAAUUGGACUAGGAGAGUGCUAUUGCUUUUCAUCCUUUGCGCAGCGCAUGCAGCGGACACCACACAACGGUGCAAAUGCGUUUGCGAUGGAAAAGUCACCAUAUUGACCGUCUCGGCAUGUAACUUCUGCUCCAAAAAUUUCUGCGUUGAACAAGGUGCUUGUUACCGACCACCGCCAGAACCCACGCCGACAACGACGGCCACGGCUACGGGCACAACGACUUCAUCGGCAGCGCCGGAGCAGACGCAUACGGAGGAGAACUGGACUUCGGAGUGCUUCCAAUUGGGAAGCUGGAAAGAUGAAAUUAUAAUAUACUCCUUCAUGGUGAUGUUAAUCGGGCUGCUGGUGUUUGCCGCUGCGAAGGAUAAGCUUUUCAAGGUGAGAUCCUCAGACUCGCAGCUCUAUAUGGCAUAGCUAGAAGCUCACCUCGUUGAGUACACAGGAUCAAUGGGCUCCGCGAGCGCUGUACAGCAGCCUCGGAGGAUCAAC